UCCAUAGCCUCAGCUAAAAUAUUAUAAAGAGGGACUAGAGGCAAAAUCUAGGGACUGAAAGUCUAGGACCUGGGAGGUCUCUCAGCCCCACAUUCAGCCUGUUCUUUAAGGAUUUCAGCUGCAGUAGACACUCUCUCUGGAUUUGGUGUUCUCAGUUUGUGAUAGGAUCAUGAAGUGGGAACUGCUCUGGCUGGGAUGUCUCCUUCCUAUAAUGGUGGCAGGGAAGUCCGUGAAACCCAUGAAUCAGGAGGAGGCUCUGGAUUACCUAAUAAAGUAUGGAUACCUGCAAAAGCCUCUGGAGAGAAUGACAGAUAGUUUUGGACCAGAAGAGGUGACAGAAGCAGUAAGGUCCUUCCAAGAAGCUUCAGAGCUGCCAAUCUCUGGGCAGUUGGAUUUGCGAACAAGGGAACGAAUGGGGAAACCCCGCUGUGGCCUGGAAGAUCCCUUCAACCAGAAGACCCCAAAAUAUUCACUUCUAGGUCGCUGGCGGAAGAGGCAUCUAACGUUCCGUAUCUUGAAUUGGCCAUCCACCCUCCCAAUCCACACUGCCAGGACAGCCCUCCAUACUGCCUUCAGAUACUGGAGCAGGGUGGCCUCCCUGAGCUUUCGAGAGGUUCGGGCAGGCUGGGCAGAUAUCCGUCUCUCCUUCCAUGGCCGACACAACUCCCAUUGCUCACAAAGUUUUGAUGGACCUGGAAAGGUUCUGGCUCAUGCCGACAUCCCUGAAUCGGGCAGUGUGCACUUUGAUGAAUCAGAGACUUGGACAGAGGGGACCAAAAUGGGGGUGAAUCUUCGCAUCAUUGCAGCCCAUGAGCUUGGCCAUGCGCUCGGGCUGGGCCAUUCCCGAUACCCACAGGCCCUCAUGGCACCUGUUUAUUCUGGCUUCCGGCCCCACUUCCAGCUUCACCCUGAUGACGUGGCAGGGAUUCAGGCUCUCUAUGGCAAGAGAAUCCCUCCGAGUGGAGAGGAGGAAGAGGAGGUGGAGGAAGAAGGGAACGAAGUUUCCAUUGUAACCCCAGGGCCCACGCCGCUGGCAGCUGUGCCUGACCCCUGCAGUGGAGAGCUGGAUGCCAUGAUGCUAGGCCCUCAUGGAAAGACAUACGCCUUCAAAGGAGACUAUGUAUGGACAGUGACUGGCUCCAGACUGGGGCCCCUUUUCCACGUGGCGACCUUAUGGAAGGGGCUCCCAGGAAACCUGGAUGCUGCUGUCUACUCCCCCCGCACAAAAUGGAUCCACUUCUUUAAAGGUAACAUGAUCUGGCGCUAUAUGGGCUUCAAAUUGGUCCCUGGCUUCCCUAAGCGGCUAAGUCAUGUGGGUCCCAACUUGGAUGCAGCUCUGUACUGGCCCCUCAACAAGAAAGUUUUCCUUUUCAAGGGCUCUGGGUAUUGGCAGUGGGAUGAGUUGGCCGUGAAUGACUUCCGCCGUUACCCAAAGCCAAUAGGAAAGCUGUUCACUGGGGUUCCAGACAAGCCCUCCGCGGCCUUGAGCUGGCAGGAUGGCAAAGUCUACUUCUUUAAGGGUAAAAAGUACUGGCGCCUGAACCAGCAGCUUCGAGUGGAGAGAGGCUUUCCCAAGGACACUGCACAGAACUGGAUGCACUGUGUUCCCCCAACCAUGGGUAGCACAGCCUCAGCCAGCAGCUCCAAAGAAGUGUCCACUUAGCCACAAAAAGGACCUUUCUCAGCUCCAGAUAACUCCUCUUCACUUCCUCCCACCACCACUCUUGCUCAUGAGUGGGAAUCGACCCUACUCUUUAGAUCCUGGGCACCCUAACCCUGAAGACUGCCCCACCCCACCAAAGACAAUACUAACAGCUAUGGGCAACAUACUUCUGGUCCUGGGCUCAUCUCUUCACUCUUGGCAGUGGCACUUUGCCCCCGGCCUACAGACUUGCCCUGACCUAGUGCACCUAGUCCUCCUAGAUGGUUAUCAUUCCUUCUCCGUCUUGGCAGGGCUACCCUUUCUUUUGUAUCAAACACUGACUACUCCCUGGCCAUGAACACCUUCUCCCUUGUCUUGGACAGCAUCAUCAACUUCAUGCCCUAAGGGGAGCUCUGUGAGUCUGGGACCAUCUCUAAUUUUAAUUGUUGACUCUACUACAGGGUGUGUGCCCUUAGGACUGGAGGGAAAGGGAGCAUUUGCCAACCAGGACAAAAAAAAAAUGUUUAUAGAACUUGGUGUCUUUAAGUUCUCUCUAUAGUUCUUACUGUAGUCAAUGCAUAGCCUUGAAAAAUUCAAAUGGGGCAUCUCUGAAAAAUUUCAGUACACAGCAAAAAAUGUCACCCUCUGAAACUGAAGUCAGGAUGAUUCAGUGACCAAACGAUGAAACAGCUCUCCCUGGGACAUGUGAUUUCUCUUUCACGACAGCACCUUGUGAUUCUCUUAUGCACUGAUCAUAUAUUAAUUUAUAAAAGUUAUUGUUGUAAAUGUCUUAUUCUUCCUACUAGAUUGUAAGCCCCUGGAGGGCAAGGACUAGGUCUUAUUUAAGUUUUUAUCUACUCAAGCACCUAGCAGUGUGCUUUUCAAAGACGGUUAGUAUGAAUUAAUGAAAGAAGGAAAUGAGAUCAAGCAUUUAUUAAACACUAGGCACUGGGCUAAGGAAGAAAGGAAUGUAAGAAUUCGCUGUCGAUGUGAGUGAGGUGACUCCUGAAACUAGAUGCCAAUCUUAAAUGUAAGGAAGCUAGGAUCUAAUCCAUUGGGUCCCAGAAGACCCAAGAUAAAGCUGGAUAACAGAAUGGUCUGUAGAAGGACUAAGCUUGUUAGUGUCUCUGAUUCUAAUGAUUGGUUCCAGAUAUUAGGAAAGAAAUAUGGAAAAGUAUGAUAGAGGAUGGCAGUUUAUCAGACUAGCCUAGCUUGAUAAAAAUGUCCUUUAGUAGAGUAUAGAUUCUUUGCACUGUUUCUAUGUUCACCAAGCAACCUUUUGAUCUCAAUAAUCUGGUUUUCAGGUGAGAAUUCCUGUGAUUAUCACUGGGAAUCUAAUUGGAUAGAUUUCCUUUUGCCAAUGAAUAAAUUGGCAUCCAUGUUAAUAAUUGGGGUCACUUGUGAUUUCUAUUCAAAUGAACUAAUCCCUCAGAGCUCA